GGUUAUAAAUCGCCCCCGCCCUCAGCUGCGCUUCAGCGAGGUCCUCAGGAGGCUCGAAGCGCGGUGGAGGACACUCCUCGGAGGUAGCGCUAGUGGUGGUGGCGGCUGCUUGGAGCGGGCUCCGGGACUCGAGUGCAGCGGCUAGCGGACGCCGGACGGCGAGGAUCUCCCCACCCCCCAGACACACACCUCACCCCUUCGGCUUCAGGCGCGGAGAAGGGCUCUCGGAGCGCCAAGCAGGAGGGGACCGGCUCGGGCGGCUGCGCCGUCGGCCUCGGAGAGCGCGGGCACCGGGCCAGCAGGCCGCGUCGCACUCACCAUGGUCAGCUGCUGGGACACCGCGGUUCUGCCUUGCGCGCUGCUCGGGUGUUUGCUUCUCACAGGAUAUGGUUCAGGGUCGAAGUUAAAAGGACCUGAACUGAGUUUAAAAGGCACCGAGCACGUCAUGCAAGCGGGCCAGACUCUGUUUCUCAAGUGCAGAGGGGAGGCAGCUCACUCAUGGUCUCUGCCCACGACAGUGAGCCAGGAGGACAAAAGGCUGAACAUCACUCCCACAUCUGCCUGUGGGAGGAAUAACAGACAAUUCUGCAGCACCUUGAUCUUGAACAUGGCGCAGGCCAACCACACUGGUCUCUACACCUGUAGAUACCUCCCUAAAUCUACUUCAAAGAAAAAGAAAACGGAGUCUUCAAUCUACAUAUUUGUUAGUGAUGCAGGGAGUCCUUUCAUAGAGAUGCACACUGACAUACCCAAACUUGUGCACAUGACUGAAGGAAGAGAGCUCAUCAUCCCCUGCCGGGUGACAUCACCCAAUGUCACAGUCACUCUAAAAAAGUUUCCAUUUGAUACUCUUACCCCUGACGGGCAAAGAAUAACAUGGGACAGUAGGAGAGGCUUUAUAAUAGCAAAUGCAACGUACAGAGAGAUAGGACUGCUGAACUGUGAAGCCACAGUCAACGGGCACCUGUACCAGACAAACUAUCUGACCCAUCGGCAGACCAAUACAAUCCUAGAUGUCCAAAUAAGCCCACCGAGCCCAGUGAGAUUGCUCCUCGGUCAAACUCUUGUCCUCAACUGCACCACCACCACAGAGCUCAACACGAGGGUGCAGAUUAGCUGGAAUUACCCUGGUAAAGGAACUAAGAGAGCAUCUAUAAGGCAGCGGAUUGACCAGAGCCACCCCCACAGCAAUGUGUUCCACAGUGUUCUCAAGAUCAACAACGUGGAGAGCCAAGACAAGGGGCUCUACACUUGCCGUGUGAAGAGUGGGUCGUCAUUCCGGUCUUUCAACACCUCCGUGCAUGUGUAUGAAAAAGGAUUUAUUAGCGUGAAGCAUCGGAAGCAGCAGGUGCAGGAAACCACAGCAGGAAGGCGGUCCUAUCGGCUGUCCAUGAAAGUGAAGGCCUUCCCCUUGCCAGAAAUCGUAUGGUUGAAAGAUGGCUCGCCUGCAAUGUUGAAGUCUGCUCGAUAUUCGGUGCAUGGCUACUCGUUAAUUAUCAAAGAUGUAACUACUGAGGACGCAGGGGACUAUACAAUCUUGCUGGGCAUAAAGCAGUCAAGGCUAUUUAAAAACCUCACUGCCACUCUCAUUGUAAAUGUGAAACCUCAGAUCUACGAAAAGUCCGUGUCCUCCCUUCCAAGCCCGCCUCUCUACCCACUGGGCAGCAGACAAGCCCUCACUUGCACCGUGUAUGGCAUCCCUCAGCCUACAAUCAAGUGGCUCUGGCACCCCUGUCACCACAAUCACUCCAAAGAAAGGUAUGCCUUCUGCUUUGAGAGUGGAGAAUCCUUUAUCCUGGAUCCCAGCAGCAACUUCGGAAACAGAAUUGAGAGCAUUACUCAGCGCAUGAUGGUCAUAGAAGGAACCAAUAAGACGGUUAGCACCUUGGUGGUGGCAGACUCUCGGACCCCUGGAAUCUACAGCUGCAAGGCCUUCAAUAAAAUAGGGACUGUGGAAAGAAACAUGAAAUUUUACGUCACAGAUGUGCCGAAUGGCUUUCACGUGUCCUUGGAGAAGAUGCCAACCGAAGGAGAGGACCUGAAACUGUCCUGUGUGGUCAAUAAAUUCCUGUACAGAGACAUUACCUGGAUCCUGCUACGGACAGUUAACAACAGAACCAUGCACCACAGCAUCAGCAAGCAAAAAAUGGCCACCACUCAAGACUACUCCAUCACUCUGAACCUUGUCAUCAAGAACGUGUCUCUGGAAGAUUCAGGCACCUAUGCCUGCAGAGCCAGGAACAUAUACACAGGGGAAGACAUCCUUCGGAAGACAGAAGUUCUCGUUAGAGAUUCAGAAGCGCCACACCUGCUUCAAAACCUCAGUGACCACGAGGUGUCCAUCAGUGGCUCUACAACCUUAGACUGUCAAGCUAGCGGUGUCCCCGCGCCUCAGAUCACUUGGUUCAAAAACAACCACAAAAUACAGCAAGAACCGGGAAUUAUUUUAGGACCGGGAAACAGCACGCUGUUUAUAGAAAGAGUCACGGAGGAGGAUGAAGGUGUCUAUAGGUGCCGAGCUGCCAACCAGAAGGGAGCCGUGGAAAGUUCAGCCUACCUCACUGUGCAAGGAACCUCAGACAAGUCAAACCUGGAGCUGAUUACACUCACAUGCACAUGUGUGGCUGCAACCCUCUUUUGGCUCCUUCUAACUCUCUUCAUCCGAAAACUGAAGCGGUCUUCUUCCGAAAUAAAGACGGACUACCUGUCAAUCAUAAUGGACCCAGAUGAAGUCCCCCUGGAUGAGCAAUGUGAACGGCUGCCCUAUGACGCCAGCAAGUGGGAGUUUGCUCGGGAGAGACUGAAACUAGGCAAAUCACUCGGCAGAGGGGCUUUUGGGAAAGUGGUUCAAGCCUCCGCAUUUGGCAUUAAGAAAUCACCCACCUGCAGGACCGUGGCUGUGAAGAUGUUGAAAGAGGGGGCCACAGCCAGUGAGUACAAAGCUCUGAUGACAGAACUCAAGAUCUUGACUCACAUCGGCCAUCAUCUGAAUGUGGUUAACCUCCUGGGAGCCUGCACCAAGCAAGGAGGGCCUCUGAUGGUGAUCGUGGAAUACUGCAAAUACGGAAACCUGUCCAACUACCUCAAGAGCAAACGCGACUUAUUCUGUCUCAACAAGGAUGCAGCCUUGCAUAUGGAGCUCAAGAAAGAAAACCUGGAACCAGGCCUGGAGCAGGACCAGAAAGCCCGCCUAGACAGUGUCAGCAGCAGUGAGAGCUUCACCAGCUCUGGCUUCCAGGAAGAUCGAGGUGUGAGCGAUGUGGAAGGAGAUGAGGAUUACAGUGAGAUCUCCAAGCAGCCCCUCACCAUGGAAGACCUGAUUUCCUACAGUUUCCAAGUGGCCAGAGGCAUGGAAUUCCUGUCCUCCAGAAAGUGCAUUCAUCGGGACCUGGCAGCACGGAACAUCCUUUUAUCUGAGAACAAUGUGGUGAAGAUUUGCGACUUUGGCCUGGCCCGGGAUAUUUAUAAGAACCCUGAUUAUGUGAGAAGAGGAGAUACUCGACUUCCCCUAAAAUGGAUGGCUCCUGAAUCCAUCUUUGACAAGGUCUACAGCACCAAGAGUGACGUGUGGUCCUAUGGCGUGUUGCUAUGGGAGAUCUUCUCCUUAGGGGGUUCUCCAUAUCCAGGAGUGCAAAUGGAUGAAGACUUCUGCAGCCGGCUGAAGGAAGGCAUGCGGAUGAGAACACCAGAAUAUGCCACACCUGAAAUCUACCAAAUCAUGUUGGAUUGCUGGCACAAAGACCCCAAAGAGAGGCCCCGGUUUGCUGAACUCGUGGAGAAACUUGGUGACCUGCUUCAAGCCAAUGUCCAACAGGAUGGUAAAGACUACAUCCCCCUCAACGCCAUACUGACUAGAAACAGUGGCUUCACGUACUCAGCCCCUGCCUUCUCUGAGGACUUUUUCAAGGAUGGUUUAACAGAUCCAAAGUUUCCUUCUGGAAGCUCUGAUGAUGUGAGAUACGUAAACACUUUCAAAUUCAUGAGCCUGGAAAGAAUCAAAACCUUUGAGGAGCUUUCACCAAAUGCCACCUCCAUGUUUGAAGACUAUCAGCUGGACACUAGCACUCUGCUGAGCUCCCCGUUGCUGAAGCGAUUCACCUGGACUGAGACCAAGCCCAAGGCCUCGAUGAAGAUAGACUUGAGACUAGCAAGUAAAAGCAAGGAGGCGGGGCUUUCCGAUCUGCCCAGGCCCAGCUUCUGCUUUUCCAGCUGUGGCCACAUCUGGCCAGUGCAUGACAACGACUCUGAGCUGGGGAAGGAAUCCUGCUGCUCUCCGCCCCCAGACUACAACUCCGUGGUGUUGUACUCCUCCCCGCCUGCCUAAAGCUUCUCACAAGCCCUAGACAACCAGCCUCUGACAGUAUUAUACAUAUAUGAGUUUACACCUAUUCCACUCCACAGGAGCCAGCUGCUUUUUUGUGACUUUUAAUCGUGCUUUUUUGUUUUUCGUUUUGUUUGUUGUUGCUGUUUUGACUAACAAGAAUGUAACCCCAGAUAGUGAUGUGUGAGGAACAUUAUUGUUAGAGAAAUCCUUUCUAAGUCCAAUGGCUCACCCUCUUCAACCCCGCUAAGCCUCAGGGUAACCGGACAGGAAGGUGCAGGUGCCACAGCAGCCAUUGCCCCGCCUACCCUCCCUGCAGCUGUGGGACCAGCUAAGCCCAUUAGCUCAUAGCUGCAUGCACUGACCUGCUCUGUGUCUCUUAUGGAGGAAAGGGUGAACAGAGCAAACAAGAGAGGCACAGGAAAAGGCUUUGGGGUGCGUCACGUGGAGCCGAUGCAGGAGAGAGCUCCUCUAUGCCACUUCAGUGACUUCUCACUCCUGGUCUCUGCUUUUUUCGGCCCCCUUCCAAGAGGUAACAGAGCAGAACGUGUGGGACGUUUCCUAGACCAGAGCACGUGUUCUGGGGAACUACAGUUAAUCUUAAAUCUUUUCCCGGGAAGUCUUCUGUUGUCUGUUUACCAUCCAAAGCAUGUUUAAUAUGUGUCAGUGGGGGUGGAGCUUGGCUCUGAGGCCAGACUCACCAUCAGUUCCUAUAGUGAGAUGCACCAAGAGGUCGGACCUUAGCAUACUGCUUACAGGGAGUUAAGUGGUCCAGUUUGGCUUAGUAAGGUUGCCUUCUGAUGGGCUCAAAAGCCACAUUUUAUACAGGUUCUAUUUCAACAAGUAUUACUAUAUAGGCAAGACACUUUUGCAUUAUCCUGUUUUAUGUAGUUAGCUAUCCAAGGAAGCUGGGGCGAGUUAAGAGUAAUGGUCUAGAAAAGGGUUUUCUCUAUACCUAAACCUGGCUUGAAAGGCUAAGACCCAGAAAGGCAGAGUAGAUGCUCCAUGUAUAGUCGCCAGACCCCUCACCCAAAGUUGGGACCUCACUGUCUUCUCUUUACUUCAUCAUGGGUUUCACCAUCUCAAGGCAGUCUGAGAGGAGCAAGAGAGCAUCAGCCAAUGUUUAUUAAGCACUUUAUGCUCUUUGGCACAAUAGGUGAUAUGUAAUUUAUGCAAGCUCUCUCUACAGCUGGGACUCAGGAUAUUAGUCAAUGAGCCAUCAAAAGGAAAAGAAAAUCUUAUUUCCAUCUGUUUUGGACCUUGCCUGGGGUCUAAUGAUGAUGGCAACAGGGUAGACAGGGGAAGACAGGGUAGAAAAAGGUGCCCGCUCUUUGGGGUCUAGAGAUUGUGAGCCCUGGGUCUCUAAAAUGGCUCUCUUAGAAGUUGUAUGUGCAAACUAUGGUCUGUGUGUUUAGGUCGUGUGCACCUGCCAGAGCCAGUCACAGCUGGGCAGACAAUGAAUAGCUGCUUUGGGAGAGCAGAGCAUGCUUGCCACUGAAUUCUCUGGCCCAAAAACAGAGCAUGUGUACCUGCUUCCCUGUGUACCCCAUCCUUAAGGUUUUCUGUCUGAUGAGACUGGAGGCCCAGCGCAAACCCCACUGAGACAGUCUGCAGCCAACAGUGGCAGCAGUGCCUAAGUCAAGCAAUUAGACAGAACCUACCAGAGAAAUGGAUGAUGACAACAUCCUGCAGUUUCUCAUCCAAAUAUCCAGCAGUUGGGGUGGGGGGAGACCAUAGACUGUCCUGUAUUAUUCUGAUUUUAAUAACCUAAUUCUUGAUCAUUAAGAGACUUUAGUAAAUGUCUCUUUUUCCACAAAAGUAAAGAAGACCUAUCGGGAUUCUCUGGUUCUAUUUAAAGACUUAGCUCUGGAGCCCAUGAAAGUUGAUCAGCCAGAAAAAGAAAGAAAAAAGAAGAAAGAAAGGAGAUGGUUCCUUCUGAGUUUUUAAGGUAGGAUGGAAAAUGGAAACUCAUAACAACAGAUGUACUCAGGUGCACUGGGCCUGUUCACCAAAAACACCAUUGGAUGUCAGGAGGCUUGGCAGUGACAUUAAAACCAUUUGCUGUUCAAGGCCAAAGUGCUUGGCACUAAGGAAGAACAAACUUUUCUCCUAGUGUUUGAGAUGGACAAUGUGCGACUAGGGAGCUGAAGCCUCAGGCAAGUCUAAGUCAGCCUGAGACGGAUCCUCAGGGGACAGAGCUGUUCAAAUCCUGUUGCACAGGCCUUUGAGCAGCGCUACGGUUCCCUGCCUAUAAGUCAACCCAGUGAAGGGAGAGGGCAGGGCCCUUCGACCCACGGUGGUAGGAACUGUACGUGUAUGUAUGUGUGUAUCUGUAUGUUUUGUGCAUAACUAUUUAAAGAAACUGGAAUUUUGAAGUUACUUUUAUAUGAGUCAAGAUUAUAUGCUACAGACAGAACUAAGACGUGAUCUGGCUUCACCUUUCUAGUCGUGAUGAAUGUAUUUCAUAUAUAUUACCUUCAUUUAAUAAAAUUAACUUUCAAAACCAA